UAUUGUGUUGUUCACAGUUCCAUUACUCUUAAUACAGUUGAACAGUUCAGCCGCAAACAUGAACGCUAAAGCACUCUCGUCUGCAGUUGCCAAAUUUUCUGCGAAGUUCUGUAAUGAACUAGAUAAAUCGAAGAGUGUGGUAUCUUCGCCUCUGUCUGCUGAAUACUUGCUGGCUUUGCUAGCUCUUGGCGCUAUGGAGCCUGCCCAUAGCGAACUGCUCACGGCCCUCGACAUCCCUGAUAAUGAUAGCAUCCGAUCCUCAUUUGGUGCAGUUUCCGCUAAACUGAAAGGUAUUAAAGGUGUUACGUUUAACGUCGCCAAUAAGAUAUACAUUAAAGAUGGUAGCUAUGAGCUAGUGCCCGAGUUGAAAGAGGAUGCAGAAAAGGUUUUUGAUGCUGAAUUUGAGAAGGUCGACUUUGAUAACACUGUUGGUGCAGCAGAACUCAUAAACCAAUGGGUUGAAAAUAAAACGAAUGAAAAGAUCAAGGAUCUUUUUUCUUCAGACAGUUUCAAUGCAGACACUCGUUUGGUGCUUGUCAAUGCACUUUAUUUCAUGGGCAAUUGGAAAAAUCAAUUUGACGCAAUGGACACAAUUGAACGGCCUUUCCAUAUCGACACUCAAUCUUCAGUUAACAUUCCCAUGAUGUCCCAGGAAGGCAAAUUUAAAUACGGCGAGAGUUCCGAUCUCCAGGCUCGGCUAUUAGAGAUGAGAUAUGAAGGAGGCGACGCGAGUAUGGUGAUUGUGUUGCCCAAUGAGAUCGACGGUCUCGACGGAGUCAUGCAGAAGCUGACCGACGGAUACGACCUCAUGUCUGAGUUGGAGAAGAUGAGAAUUACCAAGGUUAAGGUCAUUCUUCCCAAGUUCAAGAUCGAAACGGAAAUUGACCUUAAGGAGGUGUUGCCGCAGCUCGGGAUUAAAGCCAUCUUUGGUCACGGCGAUUUUGGUUUAAAUAAGAUCUUGAACACUGGUGAGCCACUGUACGUGUCCAAAGCCGUACAGAAAGUGUACAUCGACGUGAACGAGGCGGGCGCUAAAGCCGCCGCGGCCACAGGAAUGUCAGUAGCUGUUUUCCACUCGGCUAUCAUAGGAGAAGAAAUGAUGCCUUACUUCACGGCCGACCAUCCCUUCUUAGCAGUGAUCAUCAUUGCCGGCACGCCAUUCUUGUUUGCUAGGCACCGCAGCAAUGAGGAAUAAUUACUCUCUCUUUGGAGAACUUCAAUCACGCCUAACACCUCUGAAUAUUGCAUUUACAUGACAAUUAUUAACGUAGGUACUAACGUUUAAAAUUUUAUAUCUUUAGCAACACAGCAUUACGUCAAGACUUUACAUUCCCGCACCACAAAAGUACAUAAAAGGUGGAUUAAUUCAUUUUGUCGAGCAGAUCAUUACGACAUAUUAGAAUGUUGUUACAAUCUACAUAAUAUUAUCUCACCCAACGAGUAAAAUUACACAACGAAGAGUAUAUGCCCUUAAAUUGUACAGUCAACUGCGAUGCCACGAUGUUAAAUAAGUGAUAGUUCAUAAUUUAUGGAUUAUUACACUUUGUUACUAAUUAUAUCUAUAAAUAUUUUUGCAAAAGAAUAACGCAGUUUAUGUAAGUAUUUUUUCUACACAUAUUAUAGGUACAUAUACUUACUGUUGUAACUAUAAUGUUCACUACCUACAUAUAUAAAUAACAUUUUAAAUUAAUUAUUUAAUAAAGUAUAUAUUUUUUCUUAAG